UCGAAACCGAGGGAGAGGCAUAGAUAUUUGCCUCGGCGAGGAUAACACAGGUGAGCCUCGGGACGGAAAUCAAGCACUGAAGCUGAAGCAAAAACUAUUUCUUCUCCAGUCUGAGACUGGACUCAUAAUUCUAUUCGUGGAUUCAGGUUCCAACUAUUUUUUGUCUAAGACUAUGUCAAGUCUAGUCUGGACACUGUAAUGGCUCUUGUUCCUGGUCGUCAGCUUCAUCCAGCAGUCACAUUCUUCGAUUCGUUUCAGAGCUCUCCGAAAUUCUAUUGCCUCCAUUUCUUCAGGUGCAACACAGCAGCUCAAUUGGAAAAUCAAACUCUCUAUGCGUCACGAAACUGGGUUGUUUAUGCUUCAAUCAAUGGACAACGACCCUCUAGAAAUUGUCGCCUGGUUGGCUUAAAAACUCCCAUAUUCCAAUCUAGCUUGAGCAAAAAUUUAUGUAGUCAUAGUUGGUUGAAAACAUGGAACGAACCCUACCAACAGAAUCGUCCGAAACCGCCUCGCGCUGCUGCGGAUUAUCGAGAUUCUGAAAAAGAGCAUUCGUCAAAUUUGGGUUUGUUAGGGAGUGAGAGUGAUAGUGAUAGAGAUAGUGAUGAUGGUAGUGGUGGUCGUGGUCGAGGUGGUAGUACAAUGGAGAGGAUUGUGGAGAAAUUGAAGAGAUUUGGCUAUGUUGAUGGAAUUGAGAAGCAAGACAGAACAACAGAGAAAGUGAUGGAAAAAGGGUCUGUGGAGGACAUAUUUAACGUGGAAGAAGGAAUGUUGCCGAAUACUCGAGGUGGGUUUUCACCAGAAUCUCCAUUGGGGAUAGGCAAUUUUGGAGCUGAUGGGGAGGUACUGUUUCCAUGGGAAAAGCGGAAGGAGAGAAGGGAAGAUCCGGGAAUUUCUCAGAGGAGCAGAAGUAAGACAUCUUUGGCAGAAAUGACUCUUCCUGAAUCAGAACUGAGGAGGUUGAGGAAUUUGACAUUUCAGAAAAAGCAUAAGACAAGAAUUGGGGGUGGUGGAGUUACUCAAGCUGUUGUAGACAUGAUUCAUGAGAGGUGGAAGACAUCAGAGAUUGUGAGGCUUAAAUUUGAAGGCGCUUCUGCACUUAACAUGAAGAGGAUGCAUGAAAUUCUGGAGAGAAAAACUGGUGGUCUGGUGAUAUGGAGAUCUGGCAACUCGGUUUCAUUAUACAGGGGUGUGAGCUAUGAGGUGCCGUCAGAGCAAUGGGACAAACAAAUAUACAAGAAAAGAAAGGAUCCUUUAAACCUUUUACCACCACCUUCUAAUAAUGUUGUUCGGAAAGCAUCUGAUGUUGCUUCUGACAUGGGGAUGAAUGCACAGUUAGAAAAUAUGGAUGAUACAAAUGAGCAGAAGGAAGUGCUGCCACCUGAAGUUGAAUUUGAAGAUGAAGUAGACAAAUUACUGGAUAGUCUCGGUCCUAGGUACACGGAUUGGCCUGGAUGUGAUCCCCUGCCUGUGGAUGCAGAUAUGCUUCCUGCAACUAUUCCUGGUUUCCAACCUCCCUUCAGAGUUCUGCCUUUUGGUGUGAGAUCCUCUCUUGGUUUGAGGGAGGCAACUAGUCUACGAAGGGUUGCUAGGACUCUUCCUCCACAUUUUGCAUUAGGCAGAAACAGACGGCUUCAAGGUUUAGCUGCAGCAAUGAUUAAAUUGUGGGAAAAAACUUCUAUUGCAAAGAUUGCUCUCAAACGUGGCGUGCAACUAACCACCAGUGAGAGAAUGGCAGAAGAGAUCAAGAGAUUAACAGGAGGUACGUUACUCUCCAGAAACAAAGAUUUCCUUGUCUUUUAUCGGGGGAAGAAUUUUUUGUCUGCAGAUGUUGCUCAAACCUUGCUGGAGAGGGAAAAUUUGGUGAAAGCACUGCAAGAUGAGGAGGACCAAGCAAGAUUGAGAGCAUCUUCAUUGGCUGUACAAACUAAUGACACAUCUACGCAAUCGGGGGAGACUGGGACACUUGAGGAAACAUUGAAUGCUGAUGCUAAGUGGGGAAAGAGAUUGGAUGAACAUCAUGAAGAAAACAUUAAGAGAGAAGUAGAACUACUACGUCAUGCCAAAAUUGUUAGAAAGCUAGAACAGAAACUUGCUUUUGCUGAAAGAAAGGUAAUGAGAGCAGAGCGAGCUUUAGCUAAGGUGGAGGAAUCUUUGAAGCCAUCAGAACACCAACCAGACCCUGAAAGCAUAACUGACGAGGAGAGAUUCAUGUUUCGCAAGUUAGGAUUGCGGAUGAAAGCUUUCUUACUACUUGGUAGGCGUGGGGUUUUUGAUGGUACUAUUGAGAACAUGCACUUGCAUUGGAAGUAUCGUGAACUUGUGAAGAUACUGGUAAAGGUUAACUUUGAACAGGUGAAGAAAGUUGCAUUAGCACUUGAAGCCGAGUCUGGAGGUAUUUUAGUUUCGGUUGACAAAGUGUCAAAGGGAUAUGCUGUAAUUGUAUACCGGGGAAAAGACUAUAAGAGACCUUCAACUUUGAGACCCAAGAAUCUUUUGACAAAGAGAAAAGCUCUCGCACGUUCAAUUGAGCUCCAAAGACGCGAGGCACUCUUAAAUCAUAUUUCCUCUUUGGAAAGUAAAGUGGCGAAAAUAAGAGGCGAAAUAGAUCAAAUGGAGAGGGUAAGGGACUGUGGAGAUGAAGCAUUGUAUGACAAAUAGUUAUGCUUUAUGCUACUGACGAUGACGACGACGACU